AUGGCUCGAAGGGAUAGGUCAGAAUCCCCAGAUACACCAAACAAACGGGUAAGAUCGUCUUAUCGCUCUCCACGCUCCCCCUCGCCGACGAGGCGCAGCACCCAGAGGGCCCCAACACACCGCUCCCGCUACGACGACGACAGGGAUAGGGAUAGGGAUAGGGAUAGGGAUAGAGAUAGAGACAGGUACAGGGACCGCGACAGGGAUUACCGCGACCGCGACAGAGAGCGACACCGUGACGACAGAUAUCGUGACGACAGAAGAAGAGAUUAUCGUGACCGGGACGUUCGCGAUGACAGGAGAGACGACCGCCGCCGUUCACGCUCCCGGGACCGCAAAGCACACACACCACCUACUUCGAAGCCUCAGCCUUCCACCGCUGCGGUCACCGCUCAAUCGACUCCAACCCCCACACCACCUCCAGAGGACGAAAAGCUGAAGGCCAAGCGCGCAAAGUACGAAGCAUGGAAGAAAGAGCGCGAGGCAAAGAAAGCUCUGGAUUCAGCCAAGGCGAAAGCCAUGGCUUUGGCCGGAAAGGCCGCACCAGUAGCGACAUCGAGUUCGAGCGGAAACACUACCCAAACUAGCCGACCGGCCUUGACUGGCUUGGGACUGAAAGGUCUUCCUCUCAAGCCCGACUUUUCCUCGGCAAAGGGCCUCGGUGCUUCUCUCGACGACUCUGUAGAAUCCAAACGCAAGCUGGAGAAGCUCGAAGACAUGCCUGCUAUUGACAUGACAAUGAAGGAUACUGCAAUUGGCGACUUGGAGGGGGAUGAUGACGACGAAGAGGCCAACAGGAUGGAUCAGGCGCUUAAGGCCAAGUCCAAGGACGCUAUGGAUGUUGAUGAGGAGGAAAUUGACCCACUCGACGCAUUCAUGAGUGAAGUAAAGGAGGAAGUCAAAAAGGUCAAUAUGCAGGACGCUCAGAAGAUGCUUAACUCGAAUGGCCCUGGCCGCUCCAAGAUUCGACUAGACGACCGCAUGGGGGAUGAAGGCUCCGACGACGAGCAGGAAGCUGCACCGGACGAACUGGACGCAACCGACCUCAACCCAGAAGAUAUCCUCGCCCUUGCAGCCAAAAAGGCCAAAAAGAAGGAGCUCGCCGUAGUGGAUCACAGCAAAGUGCAAUAUGAGCCUUUUAGAAAGGAGUUCUACAUCCCCCCUCCGGACAUCGCUUCCAUGACCGAGGACGAAGCUGAAUUGCUUCGACUUGCCCUAGACGGAAUCAAGAUUCGUGGCGUGGACUGCCCCAAGCCUGUGAUCAAAUGGAGCCAUUUCGGUCUGCCUGCUUCUUGUAUCGAAGUCAUAAAACGCCUCAAUUACACUGCUCCGACUUCCAUUCAAGCGCAGGCAAUUCCUGCCAUCAUGUCUGGUCGUGACGUUAUUGGUGUUGCUAAAACUGGUUCAGGAAAAACGAUUGCUUUCCUGCUUCCGCUAUUCCGCCAUAUCAAGGACCAGCGUCCGCUCGAGCAAAUGGAGGGGCCGAUGGCGCUCGUCAUGACACCUACACGUGAAUUGGCAGUGCAGAUCCACAAGGACUGCAAACCUUUCUUGAAGGUCCUUGGUCUGAGAGCUGUUUGUGCAUACGGGGGCUCCCCCAUCAAAGACCAGAUCGCAGAGUUGAAGAAGGGCGCUGAAAUCAUCGUCUGCACUCCGGGACGCAUGAUCGACCUUUUGACGGCCAACUCGGGACGCGUCACCAACCUCAAGCGAGUCACCUACGUUGUGCUUGACGAAGCAGAUCGUAUGUUUGACAUGGGUUUCGAACCCCAGGUCAUGAAGAUCAUUAACAACAUCCGUCCUGACAGGCAGACGGUCCUUUUCUCCGCCACAUUCCCCAAACAAAUGGACUCUCUGGCCCGAAAGAUUCUGCGCAAGCCCUUGGAGAUUACCGUUGGUGGUCGCUCGGUAGUCGCGGCGGAGAUCGAGCAGAUUGUCGAGGUUCGCGCUGAGGACACCAAAUUCAACCGGCUCCUUGAGAUCCUCGGCCAAAUGUACAAUGACGACCCCGAGUGCAGAACCCUCAUUUUCGUCGAUCGACAAGAAGCAGCCGACAAUCUCCUCCGGGAUCUCAUGCGCAAAGGUUACCUCUGCAUGUCUUUGCAUGGCGGCAAGGACCAAGUCGAUCGUGAUUCUACCAUCGCUGACUUCAAGGCCGGGGUUGUUCCCAUCGUUAUCGCCACUUCAGUUGCUGCUCGUGGACUCGAUGUUAAACAACUGAAACUCGUCAUCAACUACGAUGCACCCAAUCACAUGGAGGACUAUGUCCACCGAGCUGGCCGAACGGGUCGUGCCGGAAACAAGGGAACUUGCGUCACCUUCAUCACGCCGGAACAAGAGCGCUACUCCGUCGACAUAUACAGAGCUCUUAAGGCGAGCGAGGCCACUAUUCCCAAGGAGUUGGAGGACCUCGCCAACGGAUUCCUCGAGAAAGUCAAAGCAGGUAAGGCUCAGGCCGCUGGUUCAGGUUUCGGUGGAAAGGGCUUGGACCGGCUGGACAAGGAACGAGAUGCCAGGGAGCGGGCAGAGCGAAAGGCCUAUGGCGAAGGCGAAGACGAGAAACCUGCCACCACUACCGAAGAGACGACGACCAAGCAGGCCGACGAUAUGACUUUUGGCAACUUCAAGGUCGAAAUCAAACGCGGUCCUGCUCCGGAUUCAUCGAAGGCUCUUCUCGGAGUUGGCGGAGCCGUUGCUGCCGCCAAACGUCUUGCCCAUGCCAAAGAGGAAGAGAGGAUCCAGAGUCAGAUGCGUGCGGCGGAAGAAGCUGCGGCUCGUGCUGGCAAGGAUACUGCUGCCCACAAGCAGGCUUUGAGCGUUGUCGCCAAGUUGAAUGCCCAGCUCAGAGCGUCGAAGAUGGUCCUACAAUCCCAACUGCAGCACGAGGAGGCCCUCAGCACCGGACGCAAGACAAAUCCAGAUGCCACCGAUUUCCAUGCUAUUAUUCCGAUCAACGAUUAUCCUCAGAAAGCUCGUUGGCGUGUCACCAACAAGGAGACUAUGGUCCAACUCAUCGAUAUGACUGGUGCCUCUGUCACGAACAAGGGUAUCUACUACGAACCAGGCAAGGAACCCCCACCAGAAGGCCCUCCGAAACUUCAUCUACUCAUCGAGUCCAACGAAGAGUGGAGGGUCGAGCAAGCAGUUCGCGAAAUCAAGCGUCUGCUUAUCGAAGCUUCAGCCGCCGCGUUGCAAGCCGAAAUGCGGAACCCCACUGCCACCAGUGGAAGAUAUACUGUUUUGUAG